GGAAGGUACUUAAAACCAAGGAGGUAUCAGAGGUGUCCACUGCAUUGUUUAAUGACUAUUGAUUGGUUUGUAUUUUAAAGCUGAGGUAUUCUUUACGUAUUUACGGUGCUAUUGAUUGGUUCGUGUGUUGAAGGAUGCUUCGUGGGCCUGAUUCGUUUCAUGUGUGCUCUAUGUGUUUGGAGCUCAUUUUUUAGGUGCCUCAGUUCUGUAAGAGUAUUAGUGUGAUCAAACAUGCAGCCUGGUUUCUUUUAGCUACAACUGUAGAAUGAAUAUUGCAAGUUUAUAAUUAAACUUUCAAAUCGAAGGGAGUUACAAGGUUGAUAAUCAACGCUUUAGUGUGCUCAAGCUUCUGGACAAGUCGUACCAAGAUGACAGUUAAAAAAGGCUCAAUGAAACUCAAUAGUCUUCAGUCUAUUUGGUACUGUGUGUUUGUGAUUGUCACACACACAUACCUCAUCAUCAGUGCUUUCUAUCACUACCAUCGUGUGCGCCACAUGGACUGGCCCCAGGGAAUGAUUCCCUACCCAGAGCUUGGUCUAUACAUGCUCUGCGUUGUCGCCGCAUUACUUAUAACAAUCUUAUUUAUACCAACGCAGAUAUUCCAGGUUGGGAAUAAUGCUAACGAUCGUACAAAACUUGGGAUGGAAAAGGGUGACAAAGGACCGCCUAAGUGGGGAGGUAGUAUAAAAGCAAAGCUUGUGUUUGUUCGCCGUUAUACAAAACAUCUAGGACCAGUUGGCGCUACGAUGCACAUAGUAUCAGCCUUCUGUCUUCUUCUACCUGUUAUGUUUCUACAAGCACGUGAAAUAGAACAUGGUCUAUUACCCCCAGAAUCUAUUUGGCGAUCAGAAGUGAGUUUAGUUCCUGUAAUUGAGCUAGAUAAAACCCCAGUACCACCAUUAGAAACAGAUCUACUGUCCACAUCGGAACCAGACUUAAAACCACACCACAAAGAACCGCCCUACAAAAUCUCUAUGGUAACCAUUAAUUACAUUAAUUAUGUAACCGCACUGGUGGUGUAUGCAAUUCUAUAUGGCGAUGUUUUUUGGUUCUGUCACAAAGGCUUUGCAUUACUCCUGUCUGUUCAACUAAUGUUCAACGCGAUUCAAUAUUCUCUUGGAUUUAUUGGCGUAUCUCUCCUUUACAAACUGCAUACAUAUGGCUGGGAAAAGUAUGGAAUCCCCGAACCAGCUGUUGUCAACAGUGCUGCCGGGCUUGUCGGGCUAUUUCUCACCAAUAAUAUCACAAUAUUUUUAAGCGCUGUCGUCACAUUUUUGUACGGCUACACGCGAAUGAAGGAGUCGGAACUUCGUAAACGACAGAAGAAUGUACAGAAAGGAAAACCUUUGAUUAUGUACAGUGGAAAUGCAUUAAGAUGCCAAGGCUAUAUACCUCACAUUGGGGCCCUCUGUGUUCUCGUUAUUUUCAUUGUGUGCAAGUCUCCGUUGAUAGUUGAAUAUUUACGAGCAUUCCGACACGUGGGUGACCCGCGUCUACUAGCUUGUAUGCUGUAUGAUAUCUUCUACAUUUUUUUCUGGGCGGUUCUGUGGGUAGUUUUUGCCUUGAAACGCAAAUGGGAUUUCAAUUUUGCAUACUUGGACUCUGAUCGUGAUGAUAGUGAAAGCACUACUCAAAGCGUGGGAUCUAUAGGUUCUGUGACAACCGAUAGUCCGGUGUCUCGGGAUGAUAUUGAGCUCACACUUGUUAACAAUCGCAAUGGAGAUGUCCAUCAAAGGCAUGUUAAAGAGGAACCAGAGAAAAGAAACUCCUCGAAGAUUCACUUGUCCAAUAAUUUUCCUGCUUUCAUAGCUCACAUGCCAGAGAAAUUUUCACCAAAGAGACUCCACAACGGAACGGCAUCGAUUGAGGAAUGCCAACCGUUGCAUACAAUAACCCCAAACAAUGUUGGAAAGAUAAACCCUGUGUUACAAGCCAAUGAAAAUCCUGCGAACAGCAGACCGGCUUCAGUAUCGUCUACUACCUCCUCCACGUAUUCUGGGCACCAGCACAUCACCUGUGAAUGCUGAAUUGUCAGUUGUCAAAGAAUGUUACAUUUGAGGAGGUUCAUCACUCAAAAGGUUUAUUAAGAAUGGAAUUAGAAUGAAAUUAGAACUGUAUACUUAUCUUAAUUUAUUUGUAAUUGGGCAAGUCAUUAAUGACCACUUGCCUUAUGGACAAUUGUAUAUAUUCCAAAUUGUUUUUACUACACUUUAUAGAAAGAAAUUGUUUCAAUUUUUUAAUGAAAUAAUAGUUGUGAAUGAAGAUAGAAAGGAUAGUUGUGAUUGAUUGAUUGAUUGAUUGAAGGAAGGUUAUGAUUAAAACUCGCGAUUUAUGAGGUUGUGAUUGACUUGCUAUUAAUCAAUUACUUGAAGUCAACUAUUUUAAUCUAACAAUUAAAUUCAUUUCAAUUUAAUUCAUUGUAUUUAGUAAUGAACGAAUGAACAACUA